AUGCUCUCUCUCUCUCUCUCUCUCUACUUCCUCUUUCUCUUCUCUCUACUUCCUCUCUCUCCCCCACAUCUAAGUUCUCCCCUACACUCUCUUCCCCUCCUCUUGCUCUCUUUCUAUCCAUUACUCUCACUCUCUCUCUCUCUCCAUACUCUUGUUCUCUCUCUCCCAUUCUCAUCUCACUCUCUGCCCUACGCUCGCAUUCCCUCUUACUCUCGCUCUCUCCCCUUCUCCUCUCUCUCCCCCUUCUCUUCUCUCUCUCCAUACUCUUGUUCUCUUAUUCCCCCUUCUCCUCUUCUCUCUCUCUCCCGUUCUCAUCUCACUCUCUCCCAUUCUCCUCUCGCUUUUCCUCUUACUCCCCCUACGCUCUCCUCUCUCUCUCCAUACUCUUGUUCUCUCUCUCCCCCUUCUCCACUCUCUCUCUCCAUACUCUUUCCCUCUCAUAACUUUCUCUCCACUCUCUAUCUCUUUUGCCUUUCCCUCCACUCUCUCUCUCUCUUUUGCCUUUCCCUCCACUCUCUCUCUCUCUUUUGCCUUCCCCUCCACUCUCUCUCUCUCUCUUUUGCCUUUCCCUCCACUCUCUCUCUCUCUUUUGCCUUUCCCUCCUCUCUCUCUCUCUUUUUGCCUUUCCUCCACUCUCUCUCUCUCUUUUCCUUUCCUCCUCUCCAUCUCUCUCUUUGCCUUUCCUCCACUCUCCAUCUCUCUCUUUUGCCUUUCCUCCACUCUCCAUCUCUCUCUUUGCCUUUCCUCCUCUCUCUCUCUCUCUUUGGCUUUCCAUCCACUCUCUCUCUCUCUCUUUUGGCUUUCCAUCCACUCUCUCUCUCUCUCUCUUUUGGCUUUCCAUCCACAUUCUCUCUCUCUCUCUUUUUCCUUCCCUCCUCUCUCUCUCUCUCUCUUUUUGGCUUUCCCUCCACUCUCUCUCUCUCUCUCUUUUGGCUUUCCCUCCACUCUCUCUCUCUCUCUUUUGGCUUUCCCUCCACUCUCUCUCUCUCUCUCUUUUGGCUUUCCCUCCACUCUCUCUCUCUCUCUUUUGGCUUUCCUCCCUCUCUCUCUCUCUCUCUUUUGGCUUUCCCUCCACUCUCUCUCUCUCUCUUUUGGUUUUCCCUCCAUACUCUCUCUCUCUCUCUCUUUUGGCUUUCUUUCCACUCUCUGCAUGCAUUAGAGUUAAUAAUGCAUUAUCUCUUUACUUUCCAUCCACCGUCUUUUUGCAUUACUUCCUCUCUCUCUCUCUGCAUUAAUUCCUCUCUCUCCCUCCUUUCGCUCUCUUGCCCUCCUUUCGCUCUCUUGCCCUCCUUUCGCUCUCUCUUGCCCUCCUUUCGCUCUCUCCCUCCUUUCACUCUCUCUCUCUUUCUCUCCCCCUCUCUCUUUCUCACUUUGUGCUUUCUCUCUUUUUCCUCUCCCUCUCUUUUUUAUUUUCUAUCCCCCCCUCUCUCUCUCCUUCACAGCAAUUUAAAUUUGAUUUGGAGAAUAUUUAGCCUUAUCUAUUUUGUCUUUCCUCACCUGCUUACUGCAUUUCUCUUCUUUACUGUUUUCCUCAUUUUUCUUUCCUUUGGUAGCCCUUAUCUCUCCUUUGUCUUUCCUCAAAUCCUUUUUCUUUCAGUAAAGUCAUUUAUCACCAUAUUUUGUCUUUCCUCUGCCAUUUGCUUUUCUCUUCAAACCUCAUUUUCUUUCACUGCCAGUAACUUGCGUCAUGCAUUAUCACCAUCUUCUGUCUUCCUCAACACUGUUUUCUUUCAUUAUUUUUCUCCUUUUUCUCUUCAUUCAAAGUCUUCACAUUUUUGUCUUUCCUCACUGCCAUUAAAUUUUCUUUCCUGCCACUCUUCAUUACUGUUUCUUUUUCUCUUCAUUAAAAUCUUUUUCUUUCUUUUCUUUCAAGCUGUUGCCUUAGUAAUUUUUAUCCCAUAUUUUGUCUUUCCUCAAAGCUUAUUUUGCUUUUUUUCUCUCUUCAUUACUGUUUUCUUCAUUUUCUUUCACUGCCCAUUCUUUGCUUUUCCUUUUCUUUUCAUUGUUUUCUCAUUUUCUUUCACUGCCAGUAACCGGUUGAGUCAUUAUUGCCUUAUCACCAUAUUUUGUCUUUCCUCAAAGCUUAUUUGCUUUUCUCUUCAUUACUGUCUUCCAUUUUCUUUCACUGCCACCUUAUCACAUUUUUUGUCUUUCCUCAAAGCUUCCUUUCAUUACUGUUUUCUCAUUUUUCUUUCUGUAACCAGUAACCGGUUGAGUCAAACCACCAUAUUUUGUCUUUCCUCAAAAUUUAUUUUCUUUCUUCUUUUUCUCAUUUUCCUGCCAGUAACCUGUUCAUUUAUUGUCACCAUAUUUUGUCUUUCCUCCAAGCUUAUUUCUUUUCUCUUCAUUACUGUUUUCUCAUUUUCUUUCACUGCCACACUUAUAACCAUUGAGUCUGUCUUUCCUCAACUUUUCAAAGCUUAUUUUCUUUUCUCUUCAUUACUGUUUUCUCAUUUCUUUCACGGCCAUUAUUUGCUUUUCUCUCUUCAUUACUGUUUUCUCAUUUUCUUUCCUGCCAGUAACCCUGUUGAGUCUUUAUUAUCACCAUAUUUGUGUUUUUCCUCAAAGCUUUAUUUGCUUUUCUCUUCAUUACUGUUUUCUCAUUUUCUUUCACUGCCAGUAAACCCUUGCGUCUUUCCUCAAAGCUUAUUUGCUUUUCUCUUCAUUACUUUUUCUCUUUUCUUUCAACUUAUUUGCUUUUCUCUUCAUUACUGUUUUCUCAUUUUCUUUCAUUUUUCAUUAGCCUUAUCACCAUAUUUUGUCUUUCCUCAAAACUAUUUGCUUUUUUCUCUUCAUUACUGUUUUCUCAUUUUCUUUCAUUACCAUAUUUUGUCUUUCCUCUAG